AUGCAAUCAAAACCGCGGUUUAACGUGUGCCUGCUAGCUUUACUGCUCUAUGGCGUCGUUGCGAGGGCAGCGUUGCGGCAGUUCAACUUUACCAUACACAGCGCACUCCGAUCACCAGACGGACAUGAGCGCGAAAUGUUUCUCAUCAAUGGGCGGCAGCCCGGGCCGGCGAUCGAUGUGGAUGAGGGUGACACAAUUGAAGUGUUUGUGCAGAAUGACUUGAAGGUAGACACUGCUCUGCACUGGCAUGGAUUGCUGCAGCGCGGCACGCCGCAGAUGGACGGCGUUCCAGGAGUGACUCAGGACCCAAUCCCUCCUGGCGGCAACUUUACGUAUCGCUUCUCUACGACGUCCGAGUACGGCUUUUACUGGUAUCAUUCCCACUUCCGCGCGUACUACAACGAUGCCAUCCGCGGACCGCUUCUUAUCCGGCCUGCGGCAUCGCGCCCGCGCCCGUUUCUGAAGACAGCCAAGGACGAGAACGAACGGGCGGCCCUGUUGGAAGCUGAGCGUGAGGCAGCAAGCGUUAUGCUGAACGACUGGACGCACGAGCCUUCUGAUGUCAUUUUCGAGCGGUACCAAAGGACUGGGGCGUUUCCGUCGUGUGUCGACAGCAUCCUGGCCAACGGGCAGGGGCGGGUCGAGUGUCUCCCUCAAAGUGUGCUUGAAGACUAUCAGAUGGUCUUCAACGUUGAUGCAAAGGAUGGCCCAGAUACCACGCAUCAUGAGUUGGAAGUUCUGUCGCGGCACAAGGGACAAGCCCGUGGCGGGGUCAAGCGUUCUUUGCGUGAGCGGCAGACGCAUACCAACGCGAGCGAGCUCGCCUCGGCAACUUCUCCGGGUCGCUCUGCGAUGCCCGCAUCAUCUCACACGCCCUCGAUGCACAAACUUAGUCCCCGAGGCUGCAUGCCGCCAAUGAUGUUCAAUCCUGGCUUCGACAUGUCCUCACUUCCGCCCGAGACUUGCACCAACACGUCGUCGUCGCUGCUGACAAUCCCGGCAAAUACCACACGGGGAUGGCUGGCUCUCAAUCUGGUCAACGCAGGUGCCGUCAGUGCCCUACGAGUCUCUCUGGACGGACAUUCGAUGCUGGUGUAUGCAGCCGAUGGGCUCUACGUACAACCGCAGGUGGUCAAGGUCCUACACAUGGAGCUCGGCCAGCGGUAUUCUGUCAUGGUCAAGCUGGACCAAGAGCCUGGGAGCUAUAGCCUGAGAUAUUCUACGUACCCGAGCGGGGACAUGCAGCAGGUCCUGCAGGGCCGUUCCAUCGUGGUCUAUGACCACUCAAAUGUCGAAGCUACAGAGGGUCAUGCGGUGGCCUGGAUGCGCAUCAACGGGUCAGCUAUUGAUGGGGCCUCGGUCCUUGACGCCCCAGACCUCAGCCCAUUUGAUGCCGAUGUGUCUCCGCCGCCAGGACCCGCGGGCACAACGCUGUCGUUCCAGGUCAACCAGACGGACACGACCGUCUGGGCUCUCAACGGCAAGCCAUUUGAAGAGCCCAACACGGCGAUCAUCCACGGCGAGCGCUCAUCGGGUUGGACGGCUGACACAACGUACCACUUGCCGUGGAAUACCACAGUAGACAUCAUCCUCAAUGUCUCGAAUCGAUCGAUGGAUCAGAUGGGCCAUCCGUUGCACCUUCACGGCCACAAAUUUUGGGUACUCGGCUCCGGUACCGGCUCGUUUCCGUACGAUUCGGUCACAGAAGCAUCGCCGGAUGUGAUUAACCUCGUCGACCCGCCAUACCGGGACACCACAGCCCUUCCACCGCAAGGAUGGGUGGCUCUUCGGUAA